GCUACAACGACUAUUUGUUUUAUUGUUUUCCAAGUUUAACGUUAUUUCAUUUAAUUAUGUCUUUACUGUAACGACUGACACGGCACAAAGCUGUCCCUCAGAAUAUAACUGCUUUCCCGGUCUAAUGUAAGUGUAAAUAUAACGCCUGUGACCUAAAUAUCAGUAUAAAAACGGAAAAAUACGGAUUUAGCGCUCGCUAGGCUAAUGUUAGCUUCUUGUUAGCUUGUUUUAGCUAACUGGCGCAGCCAUACCAAGAGGAUGAGUGGAGGAGUCCAGCAGCAGCAGUUGUAUUUCCUGGGCCUCCCAGACCUGAAGAAGCUGUGCUGUGUGACUAUGGCCCUGCCAGAGGACCAGGAGCUGAGGAGCAGACAGAUCAAGACCUGCAGAGAGCUGAUUUUGCUGUACUCUGAUAUUGUGGCCUCUCCAGCUCUGGACUCCUUGAGUGAAAUCACAGUGGUCAUGGCCAUGUCGUAUUUCCAGAAAGGCAUCGUUCAGAUGUUUGCCCAGAGACGCAGUCUGCAGCUGAGCUCCUCUCAGUGUGUGUUUCCAGGUGUCCUCCAGUAUUGUGUGUCCUUCUCUCUGAUCACCAGACUGGCUCCCAGCUGGAACAAAGCAGGACUCUACCUCAUCGCUGGCAGUAUAUACAAAUGCUACAGGCACUGGCAGUCCUAAUGAUUAACGAGAAGUUAAAAAUUUAUAAAUUAAAGCACCAAAACGUCAAAAAAGGGUCAUUUAUUUUGGAAAAAGCUAAAGAAAAAACAUUAAAAUUGACACGUCUCGAUUCAGGAAAUCAUUGGCGGUACCCAGAACUAUAAUAUUACUAUAGCUGACAUGUCUUUGGACCUAUAGGCAGUCCUUCCAGAUAAAUAUGGAGUUUUUUUGUGAUUGUUGCGGGGCAAAAAUCCUUGAU